AUGCUGGGCCCCCGCGGCGUGACGCGAGCACGGCAGCUCCGCCCCCUGCGUCUCUGGCCUCGCCGGCCUUGGGGGGAUGGUUCCAUCAUGGCGUCAAUGCAGAAACGACUGCAGAAAGAACUGUUGGCUUUGCAAAAUGACCCACCUCCCGGAAUGACUUUAAAUGAAAAGAGUGUUCAGAAUUCAAUUACACAGUGGAUUGUAGACAUGGAAGGUGCACCAGGUACCUUAUAUGAAGGGGAAAAAUUUCAACUUCUAUUUAAGUUUAGUAGUCGAUACCCUUUUGACUCUCCUCAGGUCAUGUUUACUGGUGAAAAUAUUCCCGUUCAUCCUCAUGUUUAUAGCAAUGGUCAUAUCUGUUUAUCCAUUCUAACAGAAGACUGGUCCCCAGCGCUCUCAGUCCAAUCAGUUUGUCUUAGCAUUAUUAGCAUGCUUUCCAGCUGCAAAGAAAAGAGACGACCACCAGAUAAUUCUUUUUAUGUUCGAACAUGUAACAAGAAUCCAAAGAAAACAAAAUGGUGGUAUCAUGUGCCGUUGCCAUGAUCUUCAUGCUCCCAGGCUGUUCUUUCAUCAUCCACACACCUCGUUCCAUAAAUAAUAGCAAAACAAGACUACCUGUACUUGGCUAAUGUUCUUCCACGUUCCUAGAAUGUUCAUCAUCUGCUUUUUUACCUGAAAAGUCCAGUUCAAAUGUAGUUACAAGGGUAUCUUUGUCCUUCUUCCCUUCCCACCCCUUACCAGUUUUUUGUCCUGGAUUCUUUAACAGAAGACACAAUGUCUCUGGUGCUUGUGUCUUCAGCGUGUAGCACACAGUACCUCUCCUAUAAGCUUUUAAUAAAUGUUUGUUAAAUUAAUUGGAUUGUACUUGUAUUUUUAUACACUUUUCCAAAGAAACUUAGGUGCUAGCAGUUUUGAAACCUACAUCUAAACCACCAUGUGUGUGAAGAGUCACAGUAGAUCACCGUACCCUUCCUACCCCAGAGAGUUUGAAAAAAAUUACUUUGAAGUAAAUCAUUAACCAUUCUUCACUGGUUUUACUUUCUUUUAUUUAAAAAAGUUCUCAUUUUUUGCUGUAUCUCUGAGAUAAAUAAGUUACCUUGAAUAUAUUUACAAAUAAGAAUAUAAUUGUUUUAAGCUAAAUAUAUCUGAGGAGAUCAGAGAUCAUAAAGUAAACCUCAUACUCAUUAAGGUUAAAGACAGGCAUUGAGCAAGUACUUAGUACUUUCUGUGCUAAGAAGGAUGACAGAUAAAAGAAAGGUAUCUUCAAAGGGCCUAUGUUAUAGGUGGGAUAAGAAAGAAAAAUAAUACAACAUCAAAAGUGAUGAGCCCUAAAAGAUUCAGAGAAAUGGCAGUUUUUGGUAAUCACAGAAAUGAGUUGACUGCAAAAAGAACUGUAACGGUUUGAGAAUUAUAAACGUCGUAGUUGGGUUCUUGGAAGUACAGUGGUCCCAAGUGCAGAAGCCCUGGGACAGGAUUUGUAUGAAUGCUGGCCUAGAUGAUGUGGCUGGUUCAGAGUAAGCCAGUGGGGGAGCACAGCCAAAGGCCAAAUGAUGUGUAGGGCUUUGUGAGUGAGAGUAAGGUUGAAAUUGGUCUUUCAGUUUCCACUAAACAGAGACCUGAGGCUCUAGUGCUCAGUUCCUUUUGUCCUUAGGGCAUUCAUUUAUCAGUUGUGAAGAGAUUAUAAAGCUGAGCCAAUUUGACAGGGAAUGUUGCCCAGAAAACAAAACGAGGAGUCUGAGCCACUACACCAACAACCCACCCAUCAGAACUAAUUUAAAGCCGAAACCAGCAGAGCUCCAUCCUUGGAGUAAAGGUCACCUGAGGAAACAAUCCUGGUUGAGACUUUCAUCUUGGAGUGGUUCAGGGAAUGUCAGACUUUGAACUUGGAUUGAGGUGAGGUCUCUGGCAGUGUCCUCAGAAGGUGGCCAGGAGCCGACGAAAGUUGGAAGACCCAGGAAGAGAAUAGCCUCCACAUAUUAUCCUUACAAGUGAUUUAUUUUAAUACAGUGACCAAUACACAAAGGUUAUCCCUUUUAGGAAACAAGGCACUAUGAAACAAUAGGCCUAGAAAGCACUGGAGGUGUGAGGUGGGGAAGAGACAAGAUCUGACAGAGUUUACUGCUCUGCAUACCACAUCCUGUUGGGAGCUUCUGAAGAGCAAGGAACUGUCUUGUUCAUCUUUAUACACAAAUAUUGAGUGCCUGCUGUAUCCCAAGAAGUUUAUGAUCUGGUAGGGAAGAUAAAUGGGCAAUUAAAAUAAUGUGCCAGUUAGUGUGAUAGGCUAAUCAGAGUGUUGAGGGAGCAUCAAGGUGAGAACAGUCAAAGCUGUCUUAAAUCCAGUUGAGAAUUCCAGGGGAAGUGGUAUCUGCCAGGCAAAGGUGGGAGACUGAACAUGAGGGCGUCUGAGAUAAAGCACACAGCAAGUGCACAGGGUGAGAGAGAACAGUGUUUGGGGCAUUGAAUCUGGAUGAGGGAAUGGUAAAAAUGAGAUAAAACUAGAGCUAGAAUUUGAAAGACCGAAUUAAUGGAGUUUUGGUUUUAUCUCAUGGUUGACAAGGACUGAUGAAUUCAGAUUUGUACUUAAGAAAAAUACCUUGGCUAUAGUCCUGGAGAGUGAACUUGAAGGGUCACAAAACUGGAGGGGAAAAAAUAAGAGACCAUUAUCAGUACCAGACAAAUGAUGAUGACUUGAAUUUAUUAUAAAGUAUUGGCAUAAAGACAGACAUUAUCAGUGGAACAGAAGGGAGAGUCCAGAAAUUGGUUUUUAAAAGAUGCCAACAUACUUGUAAGGGGGAAGCAUAAUCUAUUCAACAAAUGGUACUAGAACAUUUGAAAAGCUGUUAGUAAAAAAAAUAAAAAUAAAAAUCUUCUAUACAAAAAUUACCCAAAAAUGAAUCAUACACUCGAAGAGUGAAACUAUGAAACUUCUUCAGGAAUACAGAAGCUCUGAGAUCUUGGAUUUGGCAACAAUUUCUUAGCUAUGAACCAAAUUACUAAAAACAAUUGAUAAAUUGGACUCUAGAAAAUUUAAAAUUUAGGCUUUUCAAAAGACAAAUUGAAACAGCAAAACAAUGUAUUUGCAAAAUAUGUGAUAAAGUUAUUUGUAUUUGGAUUUUUUUUAACACUUAGGCUAUAAUAACAUGAAGCAAACAACUCAAUUUAAAAACGGCAAGGUUCGUGAUUUCUUUUUUUACUUGAACUAAACUGAAGGAAAUAUAGAGAUGGCAAAUAAGCAGAUGAAAAGCUGCUGAGAAUCAUUAGUCAUUAGGGAAAUACAGAUUACAAGCACAAGAUAACCACUGCAUACCAGCUACCCUGACCAUACCAACUUUUGGCAAGUAUGUGGAGUAAUGGGAACUUUUCUACACUACUGAUGGCAAUGUGGAAUUGCGUAACCACUUUGAAAAACCAUUUGGUAGCUUAAACAUGGGCGGGGCGGUGGGCGCCUGGCUGGCUCAGUUGGUUCAGCGUCUGACUCUUGAUCUCAGCAUCGCAAGUUCAAGCCCCACAUUAAACAUGUACCUACUAUACAAAUCAGCCAUUUCACUCCUGGGUAUUUACCCAAGAGAAAAGAAAGUAUAUGUCCACACAAGGACUUGUACAGAAGGGUUUGUAUCAAGUUUGCAAAAUACCCAAACUGGAAACAUUUGUCCAUCAGUAGGUGAAUGGGUAGCCAAAGUGGGAUAUACAUACAUCAGAAUACUACUCAGCAAUAAAAAGGGAAUAAAACAUUGAUAAAUUUCUAUUGUGCUGAGUGAAAAUGCCCACACAAAAAGUAUACUAUGGUUUUAUUUAAAAUUCUAGAAAAUGCAAAUUGAUGAAUAGUGACGAAAAUCAGAGAAGUGUUUGCCUAAAGAUGUGGGGUGAUGGGAAAAAACUUGGAGGUGAUGGAUACUUGAUUAUCUUGGUUUCACAGGUGUACAUGUAUGUCAAGACUCAUUAAACGCCACACUUUAAUUAUUAAUAGUUUACUGAACAUUAUACCUCAGUUAGAAUUAAGAGGUUUUAAGCAAUAAAGACAAAGGAUGGCAAUGGCCUGAAGUGGAGUAUAAGAAAAAUGGACAACUCAAUCGUAAUCAAUUUGCCCAAAAUUACAGCUUAGAAGUGAUGGAGCAGGAAUUAAAGUCUGAGUCUGACUGACUCCAAAAUCCAUGCUCUUAAGUCAAUAUGCUUAUACUUAACAUGACCCCAUUUUUCUGGAUUAGACAUUGAGUGGAGGCUGAUGACUUUCACCAAAACACAAGAUGAGGGGCAGAUUUGGGGAAGGAGAUGUGUUUGUACUUCCUUAUAGCACCAAGUACAGUAGCUUAUAUAGUCUAUUAGUGAGUGGAGAAGUAAGCUGAAGUUUUUAGGUGGCAAUGAUAAGGAAACAGAGUGAUGUAAUUUUACUUAGUUCAUGAGCUUACUGCCUAUUGAUCAACAGCUGAAAAGGAAUUUAAUAUUUUCUAGUCUAAUAACUUACCAAUGAAUUAGUUAUUUCUCAACAUCUUUGAAGUGAUCACCCCCACCACCUUCACUGAUGGGAAUUAACUCAGAUAAUUACUGCACUUCUGAAUAAAUCUUAUUAGAAAGUUAUUUC